AUGCGUUCAUUCAUUUUGCCGGCCGCGAUCUUCGCGAUCCAUGUUGCCGCCCAGGCGGAAAACACAUAUACCGCGACGGCGACUAGCGAUGUCGAGAAGGCUAGGGCUACGGCUAAGACUCUGAGCCCCGUUAGCAAUGUCAAAGGAAAGGCUUUCGACCGACUCGCCAUCAUCUGGCUCGAGAACACGGAUUACGACAUGGCAAUUGGCGAUCCGAACCUAGCGUGGUUAGCAAAGAAGGGCAUAACGCUUUCCAACUACCACGCCGUCACGCAUCCGUCGCAACCCAACUACAUUGCUUCUAUUGGUGGCGACUACUUUGGGAUGCAACAUGACGACUUCACUCAGGUCGAUAAGAACGUCUCCACCGUUAUAGAUCUUCUCGAGGAUAAAGGUAUCUCGUGGGGUCACUACCAAGAGGAUAUGCCCUACAGCGGCUUCGAGGGUCUCGCGUAUGUCAAUCAGAAGAAUGGUAAAAAUGACUACGUCCGAAAGCACAACCCUGCCAUCAGUUAUAACGCCAAUGCCGGUCUGAUUGACCGUUUAGCCGUAAUUAAGAACCUGACGACAUUCUACAAUGACCUCGAGAACGAGACACUACCACAAUGGAUGUUCAUCACGCCCAAUAUGACCAGCGAUGGCCACGACACAGAUGUGACCGUCGCCGGGACAUGGACGCGAACCUUCCUAGAACCUCUCCUCUCCGACUCGCGUUUCAUGAAGAACACCCUGGUUCUCAUCACCUUCGACGAGAACGAGACAUACACGAUCCAGAACAAGGUUCUUGCUAUUCUAAUCGGUGACGCCGUUCCCGCCGACCUAGUUGGUACCACGGACAACACGUACUACAACCACUACAGCGAAGUCGCGACGGCCGAAGCCAACUGGGAUUUGCACACGUUAGGACGUUGGGAUGUCGGCGCUAACGUGUUCAAAUUCGUAGCUGAGAAGACUGGCGAUGCCAUCAGGUCCUGGUGCGGCCGUGUUGCCCUGAAGGACAUGUAUUUUAACAGCUCAUAUGCCGGUCCGUUGAAUGAGGAUGGUGGUAACAAGCGCUACGCAGGCCCGAACCUCGCCGACGCGACUCCAUUGCACAAACGUACUGUGCUCCCUAAGAUUAAGGAAGCAUGGCAGGGAAAUGCUGCUCCAGUAUAUUAUAAGCCUGUUUUGGAAACACCCGAUGGUCAACACCCGCCUCAAGGCUACGCCCCGGUUGAAUAG